UCCAAGCUGCGCUCUAUCUAAUUGUCGGGUAUUUAGUUCUCCAGCUCAGUGCAGUCAGCUGGCAGCAUACAGACUGUAAACAUGGCCGGGCGGCCCAAACUCAGAGGCAAGAAAAAGAAGAAGUAUAGAAAGCUUCAGCAGGACAAGGAGCAGAUCCUGCUGCAGGAGGAGCAGGAGGGGACCCAGAAAGAGGUUGGCAGCAGCAGCCAGCAGGAGCCCCCAGGACAGGCAGGGCACAGCAAAGACAAGAAAAGCAAGAAAAAGAAGAAGGAAAGGAGCAGCAAGAAAGUGCACCUGUCACCCCUCCCAGACAGGUAUGACCCCCUGGAGGAGACAGCAGAGGAGACAGAGAGCAAGGAGGACAAGAAGUACAAGAGGAAGCAGAAAGUCAAAAAAUAUGCCAAGGUGAGCAAAAAGUAUGCCAAGAAUGUUGGCAAGGCUGUAAGGACUGGCUGCCGCUACUUGUUCAUUGGUCUUCAGGGACUGGCAAAUGCCUACAUAACUCCGUUUGGUGUCUCUUCCGUGGUGGUCUCCUCCAUGAACCGCUAACGUGAUCCAAAUAUCAGAGUCCAAAAAUUUCAAACACCAAACCUGCCUUCAAACAAAGACAUAAAGAUGGAGACGGCAGAAUGGGAACCUCAGAGAAGACGUUUGAUUGUUCAGAUUCACAACCAUCCAACCAAUCCAAUAAGAGCGUGUAAUGUUCUGUGUGAGAAGAUCCAUCAUCUCCUGGCUGACCCUGUGGAGAUCCAACCGGAAUCUGAAACUCUAUUUUCCUACGCCAGACUAAGAACUUGUGCUUCAAAGAAUAGUGCUAACAUACUCAACUGCAUUCCAAAGAUGUCUGACAUUCAUCUUUACUCAACUGGCAGGCUGCAGCAGCUGGAAGAUGUAGCCAUGCCAGGCAACUAGCAUUUCCAGAAGGAGGGCAUCUAUUUCGAGAAUGGUUCACAAGCAUCUUUCAAGUGCCUUACCCGCCCUCAUGCCUUGGUGAAUCAGGGCUUGUGUGUCUCUUAUGACAGGUUUCUUUUAAAUGUGACACUCAGGUGAUAAUAUAACAGUGUUACCCAAAGAUGCAAUUGUUUACUAGUAAUAAAGCCUACCUAUGGGCACUAUAAGGUAAGGUAGCUCCCAACUGUCCCUGAUUUCCAGGGACUGUAAGGCCCCGUACACACGAGAGGAUCGAUCCGCUG